AUGGCGUUGCCGGGUAUUUCGGCCCCUGGUCCUCAGGAGGCCGAGUCGCAUGUGCUGCAACAGUACGAAAAGAUCAUUCGCUUUCGCGAUGAAAUUCUCGCUGGUCAACAUGCCACUAUCAAAGUCCCUGGCCAUCUGCGGAAGGCUGCGUUAUCGCUGUCCACCGAUGCUUCACAUGGAUUGAAUUCAGGAAAGUUGUCCGGUCAAGCCAACGAGGCAUUUGCCUCGAAUGCGCAGCCCGUUGUAGGAAGUUCCUCGAUUGCCACGGCCGACGCGGCACGACCCGCCGAGUGUGGCCUAGUAUCCCUUUCAAAAUCUGACCAAUUGCUGCGCGCUGAGCUGCAACUACAAAGGAAGCGAAUAGAGCAAGAGCUACAAGAAGAUGCGGAGAGAAAUGGCAAAGGAAAGCUUGGCCUUGGUACACAAAAUGACAUUGACGCGUCGGCUAUUCUCGCCGACGCCUUGAUUCUAGUGCCAGAGUCGCGUCUUUCUGCUCAGAAGGAGGAUGGAGUCGACAGUGGCAACGGGCCAGAAAAUGACUCUUUUGAUGAUAAUACGUUCUACUCGUCGCAGCACGAUACACCCGAGUUCGAGCCCGCACCGCCAAUUCCAGCCAAGUCUGCGGCUCCCGCGCACCCAACUCCCACGAAGAUACUCGCAGCAAACACGAUACCGGCCAAGACCCAAGACGCGCGACGUAGUGUGAACGGGCCGCGCCAGCUUCGCACUUAUGACGAGUUCACUGAGCCUUCUACUGCGAAGGAGCAGCCGAGUACUGUGCCAGGUUUGAAUAAUUACACUGACAAUUCAGUUACGAAUCUGAGCAAGCCCAAUACUAUUGCGUCAUCUGCAACUGUAUCUGUUGUCGGACAGACUGCGCCGACUCAGCCAUCCUCGUAUAUCGAUCUUCACCCUCCUUCGCCACUACUUCGGAUCAAUGGGCAAGUGACGCCCGUCUACCCAUCCACCAGCUACCCAGUCCAGCCAACGCAAAUCAGCGAGAUUCCCGGAUUGUAUACAAGUACGCAGAAUCCUGCUCUGAGCACCGGAGCCCCCGCUCAAGUGGCGGUGCUCCGAAGUGAGCCAGGUUCACGGACGAGCCCAGACAGCUCGUCACACGGUGGACAGAGUAAACGAAAAAAUAAGAGAAAGAAGAGAAAGUCGGACAAACAGGCAUUGGAAAGCCAGCAGUCUACUGAAAGCAAGACACCGCAUAUCAAAGCCGAACCCCGGUCUCCUUCACCACUUGCCGGCCCGUCAUACAUCCGACCCAACAAACGGCAACGGCAGGGCAAGGCUCAGAAGCAGAAUUCAGCCCUUGAUGACUCUUCAUAUGACCCUGCUAUGCCUGCCGUGCCCAUCGAUCCCAACGAGCCUUACUCACAAGCUCACAAUCGUCAAGAAAGGGCACCGGCCGAUAAUGAUGGAAGCGGCAUGUAUCUUGCUACUGCAGCAGCGAUGUCAAGCACCACAAGAACCCCAAGGGAAUAUGUGACUGAGCGUGUAAUCACUGACGAUGGUUACAGAAGAGAGCAUGUUCCACAGGUACUGCCUUACGAAUAUUCAUCUCGCGGGUCGCACAUAAGUAGGCCGGUCCACUCUGAUGUGUAUCAGGAUGGUGUGCUUCCCUACAGAAACUCUUCUCAGCCCACUCGCUACAGUGUUCAUCCUGAGGGCGAUGCUUUUCAUGAGUCUACAAGACCACAGCCCGCUAGGAUUCUGGUUGACGCCUACGGUCGCGAGUAUAUUGAGCCCGUAAGACAGAUGAUGCGCCAUUCUAUAGCGCCGCCACCUUUGACAGGCGAUCCGGACAGGCUAUAUGAGCGAGCCCCGACGCAGUCUCUCGCACGUUACCAGGUGUCAGGCGCUGUUGAAGAGCGAGGAUACAUGUUUGCGCAACCUUCUUCUCCAUACGCUCCCCCAAGGCGUAUUCUGACACAACCCGAGUAUGUCGCCUAUGAGAAUAGAGAAGGUCGAUAUCGGGAGUACUCCGCACGACCGCUAGCUGCACCGGGAGAAUAUGUUCCUGUUCGGACACAGGAGCACAGAAUCUAUGCGGAAGGAGGGCGAGAGUAUAUCGGCAGGGCAUCGAGUAUGCACGCUAUGGAGCAAACGCGGAUUGGUAGUGGCUUAGGGCCUUACGGGCAUGCCUCGAGCGUGCGGCCGGAAGCGUCUGGAGUGGUGUACGGUAUCGAGCGCAGCGUACAACCCACUGCAAUCAAGGGUUACGGGACGUGGACUGGAAAUCAGGGCAUGAUGGAGCGAGACGGAGGCAGUAGCUUGUUUCCGGCCGCGACAUCGAGCGAGGCAGUGAACUCUCGUGCCGUGGCAGGUCAAGACUCGUUGUACGGGCGCGGAAACUUGCAAGACGGCUUCCGGUAA